AUGUCCCCCUCACCCCUCAUAGCAUCUCCAGAACUCCUAACCCUCCUAAAAGACCUCCACACCAAAUCUCUAAACCAAGAAUCAACCGUUGACUGGAAAGGCCUCCCGGAACAAUGCAGCGCUGAAUUCGACUCCAUCAUGCUCGAUAAGUUCAUCGCACUCGACCAGGAUAAGUGUGAACUAGUCUACCACCUCCUACGCAGCAUCAACGCAAAGACAGUCGUCGAGGCCGGUACCAGUUUCGGCGUUAGCACCAUCUACCUUGCGCUUGCCGUUGCAGAGAAUGCGAAGCGCGUUGGCGCUACCGCUAAGCCGCGAGUAAUCGCCACGGAGAAGGAAGAGUCUAAGGCUAAACUGGCGAGAGCGCAUUGGGCGAGUGCGAGCAAGAACGUUGAAGAUGUGAUUGAGCUUCGUGUUGGAGAUCUGCGUGAGACUCUUACUUCGGAUCUGGGGACAGUGGAUUUCUUGUUGUUGGAUAUUUGGACGCCUCUCGCCCUCCCUGCGCUGAAGCUUGUCCAGCCGCACUUCCGGCCUGGCGCUGUCAUCGUCGCUGAUAAUACGGUCAAGGCGGGUGAUAGGUAUCAAGAGCUCUUUGCGUAUAUUGAUGCCGAGGGCAGUGGAUUUCAGCGGGUGACGAUGCCGUAUGAGGGGGGUUAG